AUGUGCCAUGCUUAUGAUCGAACAGGAACCAAGCCUCCCGUUCCACCAAAAACAACAAUAACAAGAAAUGGUGUCAAACCAAAUAAUCCUCGUGUAUCAACUAUGCAGACAAAUACGAGAACCAAUGGUCAUGAUAUACCAUCCGUUCCUCAAUCAAAAUCUUCAGUGAUAACAACACGUGCUAGUGUUCUCCCACCAAAUUCAGCUAAUAAUAAUCGUACACGACCAGUAACAGCUCGGCCAAUUCAAACGUAUCGUGGUUCACAAACAUCUUACAAUAGCACUGAUGCUAAAACUCAACUCACGUCAGCAUCAGCAUCUGUUCUACGAACUGUUAAAAAAGUAACUAAUGGCUUGGGUUCAACAGUACCUACAAAAGAAUUAAGAUCGACUGAAAAUGGUCUACUCAAUGAUGUAAGUAAUAAACCAUCAACAGCUCCAAUACGAUCGCAAGUUGGACCGCAACGACGUACUGUAUUACCUCAUUCAUCAACCUAUUCAGCUGUUGAACGAAUUCCAUCAUCGUCAUCAUCAGUGGAUAUAAGAACACACCGACAAACAAUUAUUCCACGUAGUUCAUCAUCAACAAUAAGUCAAGGAAGAAAAAGUGGAAUACCAGCCUUUGGAACGCAACAAAAAUCUGCCACUACAGCUCUUGCACGACCUACAUCGUCAAAAUUAAAUCCUUCUUCUCAAUCUUGGGACAGUAAGAUGGUCACGAGAACUGCUCGAGGACAACAAUCAAUAGGACGUCCUCAACCAUCAAUAUGGAAUGAAGGAUGCUAUUAA